AACAAACUCAUUCAUCGUCGGUUACGGAUAGUUAAUUUGUAAUGGAAAAAGUUUUGGGUAUUGUUUAUGGACGCAUUAGGACCAUUCAAGAGAAAUUCAGUUUCCUCAUCUUUUUUACAAAUUAUUGUGUUCGAGAUAUAGUUGCGCAGUUGGAAGUUCUAACUGGGAUUCUGCUAAACCGCAACGCCCGCUCUGAGGGUGAUGUUACCAGUAGAAUGCACAUUUUUAGUGUUUUAUGCCCUUCCUCGCUAGUACCCGUACCAAUCCGACUUGUAAAGGAAGUAGUGAGAGCUGGUGUGUGUUGAACUGGUUGAAGUUGCAGGACAUACAAAUGCGUUUUUGGCCUUUUCAAUGUAAAUUUGUAGAGUAGGUUUGCUGUUUCUAGGACGUAACUCCGUACAGUCUGGUAGGCAGUAUCCGACGUUUUUGAAAAUAGAGGUUCACUCAAAAUGGGUGAACUAGCUGCCAUCAAAACUGAGCAACAGUUUGUUAAGACUACACAACGUGUAAUAAGACUGCAAGCUUCAGUAAUCCCUGCCGGCUUCUGCUGUGAGAACAAAGAAAUCCACGUCAUUGUGCGUACACGAUAAUUAGUGUUUCCUUACAGACUUGGGCAAAUAUUCAGAGCUAGGUACUGGUAUACUUGUUAGAAAUAUCAUGCUAUAUCACUAGGAUUCUUGUAAAUGAAUUCAUUUGCCACCCACAAGGCAUGUGUGAUAAAAUAUGGUUUCAAGGUUAUGAAAGAUUCUGCAUUCUCUUGCAACAGGAAUGACGAGAAUUCCACUACAGAGAGCUGAAGAAACAUUUCCUGCUGUGACAGAAAGGAUGAACUGUGCAAAUUCAGAGAAGGGUUUAGUGGGUCCACAUGAUGAGACAUACCCAGCAAGUCAUGAUGCAGACCAGGCCAUGAAUAUAAAAGCUGAGGCAGUCUCAGAUGCAGAAGAGGAAGUGGAUCCUCUGCAAAUAACAGUUCAGGAAGUAAAGGCCGAACCUGAGAACUGUACAAAUUUGGAGAACGCAUUAGUGGGUACAUAUGGUGAGACAUACCCAACACCUCAUGAUGCAAAGCAGGCCAUGGAUAUAAAAGCUGAGGCAGUCUCAGAUGCAGAAGAGGAAGGGGAUCCUGUCCCAAUAACAUUUCCAGAAAUAAAGGCUGAACCUGAGGGGAAUUUGAAUGUACUUCAACCAGUACAUGGUGAGGAGCGACGAUAUUCCUGUGUUGAGUGUGGAGAUUCAUUCAGUCAGCAGAUAAUUCUGAGAGCACAUCAGAGCAUACAUAUACAUAGUGGGGAGCAGCCACUUUGCUGUGAUGUCACAUUGUGAACACAUGCUGUGCGCAGCAGAACAGCCGCUUAGUGUAGCUGAUGCGGCAGAGGGACUGACAUGCAGAAGGCAAUGCAGAGCCAUGUGGAAAGGCUGGAUGAAGAGACAAAUAACAGUACAGACCUUGGGAUAUAAGAAAUAUGAAAGAGAAAGAUGGGCGGAAUAACAAUGAGACUCUGAACGUGACACAGAAGCCUGUGCCUUAACUGAAGAAGAAGAAAAAAUGUUUCUGACUUACGCUUCAUUCACCAAAAUUCAGAAUUUAAACUUGGUAUUGUAUAUCACUCAGAAUCACUUCCUGGGUUUUUGGAUUGUCUUCAUUGUCUGGUGUUCACAAAAAAAGAGGAUGUACCGUAUCAGGAACUGGGUCUGUUUCAGUCCUCUUUUGAAGGGGGGGGAGGCACAACUACUCUGCUGGGUCCAUUAGAAAGAGCUCGUUCUAGCAGGAUGAUGGACAAAGUCCAAAAAUCUAGCGAUUCCAGAAACCUUUAGAAUCUACAGGUAUCCUACAAGUGUUUUGGCAAGUGUGGGUUAUUUAAGGUUUAUUUUGUGAUGCUCUUAGUAUUUUAGGCUACAUAGCGUCAUAUUAGGCCUUGACUUGUUUUCCCACUCCAAAGCAGCUGUUAAGUCACUUGAAAAAAUUAAAUUCGCUUAGUGGGUGGCGGAGUCCAACUGGGUUGACUGUGCACAGCAGCCACUGAUUGGC